ACAAAUUCAGAGUAACCUUAACAUAAAAUUAAGGUUAUAGUGUACUCGUAACCAUCCGUCUCUGCUUGGUACAGCCCCAGUUCAUGUGACGGUGCUCUGGUGUGUGUGGGACCUCGUCGUUGGCGUGCCAGAGGAGGAGAGAGGAGGCAGAUGGAGAUGCGUAUCCUGUGUCAUGAAGCGCAGGAGAUCCUACCUGAUGGCACCGCCAUGGUGCUCGCUGCAUUUGUCCAACGCUCUACGGUCAUGUCCAAGAACCGCAAAAGACCCCCUCACAAUCCAGAGAGCUGUGAUCCCCUCUUCAUGCACCCUGACCUGUCCUUUGGUACCCAUACCGACAGCUGUGGCCACAUCAUGCACUCUCACUGCUGGCAGAGGUCUUUGAAUAUCAAUGAUGCAAACAGGGAGGAGAAAUAUAACAGCGUGUAUGAAGCAGUGCUGCACAGAGCAGAUGACGGAAUGUCUGGACUGGAUUAUGGCUGAAUGUAAGAAUUUGUAUUCAAAAUUUCUGCAGAGUAUGGCGAUCUCCUUCAUACAGAAGUCAGAUGGUUGAGUAGGAGUAAGGUACUUCACCGUUUUAUUUCCUUGGUGAGUGAAAUUACGGCUUUAAUGGAACUGGGGGAGGGACGACACUAACCUGUUGUCUGAUGGCUGCUUGAUCUUGCAUUCUUGGCUGAUGUGACAGAGAAACUGAAUCAGCUCAAUCUUCAGUUACAAGGUAAAGACAAAACCAUAUGUGAUAUGAUCAGUGCUGUGAAGGUAUUUAAAGCAAAACUGUCAUUUUACCUUCAGCAAUUGAAAAACAAAAGAUUGCAACACUUCCCGUCAUUGGUAAAGAUAGAAAGAAAGCCAUGCAAAUGCAAGCAAAGUUUUGGAUGUACUCGAGUAUUGUGACCUCCUGUCCAGGCUUGGGCAGGAAUCUGAGGAAAGGUUCAGUGAUUUUGAAAAUCUUGAGAUAUGUGUGGCAUUUGUUGCCAAGUCUUUCAUGGAGAUAGACAUGGAUCACAUUUCAAAGCAGAUGGCUGAACAAAAGUUUAACUAUGUGCUCUUCUCAUCAGCAGACCAUAGGCAACAGCUAAAGGGUGUUUCUGUCGUGGUUUCUGUAAUGUAGUGGUUAUCACGUUUGCUUCACACGCAAAAGGUCCCUGGUUCGAGACUGGGCAGAAACAAGCUAGCAAUUUUGAACUUUGCUUUAAUAACUGACCGGUUGUCAUCACCGUAGGAUCAGGUCCUCUAGGAACAGCCGGAAAGCGAGACCUUGGACAGAGCAGAUUUCCUUCUUUUGUGCCUUUGUAGCAAAGCAGUUAACAUUUGCUUACAAAAUGAAAGGGAAUCUCUGGUUUUCUACAGAAAGUGGAAGCCUGGCUCUUUCGUUGCUCAAUAAGACUCUGAACGUGACUGGAAAAUUUUCCAUAAAGUCCUGGUCGCCAAGUUCACCUAUCAGCGAGAGGUCUACACCCGAAAAAGGCUGGGAGCGGUUUCCCUUCCAUUGAGCUUUUGGUGCAAGGCAGAUAACAGCUGCUUGCAAAAUCACAGGCAGUCUCUGCUUUUCCACUGAAUGUGGGAGCCUGGCUCUUUCCUUCAACAAGAAGACAAGAGUAAUGAUGCGCUUGAUUCGAGGGGUAGGGGUAGACAUUUCCAGGGAAGAAGAGAAACAAUACAGAGCAGCAAGUAGUUACACAGACUCCUGAAUGUUCUCAAUAACCAUACAUUUCAUGUAAACAUCAACCA